UUUUAGGUGACAAAUGGAGACCUUCAAUCAUAAACUGAACACUUACUUAGAGUCAUGGAUGGGUCCCAGAGAUCAGCGGGUGCGAGGAUGGCUGCUGCUCGACAACUACCCACCAACCUUUGCACUCACAGUCAUGUACCUUCUGAUCGUGUGGAUGGGGCCCAAGUACAUGAAACACAGGCAGCCGUACUCCUGCAGAGGCCUCCUGGUGCUCUACAAUCUGGGCCUCACACUCUUGUCCUUCUACAUGUUCUAUGAGCUUGUUAGUGCUGUGUGGCACGGUGGCUACAACUUCUACUGCCAGGACACUCACAGUGAACAGGAAGUGGAUAAUAAGAUCAUAAAUGUGCUGUGGUGGUAUUACUUCUCCAAGCUCAUCGAGUUCAUGGACACCUUUUUCUUCAUACUACGCAAGAAUAAUCACCAGAUCACAUUUCUUCACAUCUACCAUCACGCUACCAUGCUGAAUAUCUGGUGGUUUGUUAUGAACUGGGUACCCUGCGGCCAUUCGUACUUCGGUGCCUCCCUGAACAGCUUCGUACACGUCGUUAUGUAUUCUUACUACGGCCUCUCGGCCAUCCCAGCCAUACGGCCGUACCUUUGGUGGAAGAAGUACAUCACACAGUUACAGCUGAUCCAGUUCUUUUUAACCAUGUCCCAGACAAUGUGUGCAGUCAUAUGGCCAUGUGGCUUCCCCAUGGGAUGGCUGUACUUCCAAAUAAGUUACAUGGUCACGCUCAUUUUCCUUUUCUCAAACUUCUACAUUCAGACUUACAAGAAGCACAGUGCUUCUCUAAAGGAGCACCAGAACGGCUCUCCCGUGUCAACAAAUGGACAUGCAAAUGGGACGCCAUCUACGGAGCACACUGCGCACAAGAAACUGAGGGUGGAUUGACAUUUGAGAAACCGCCACCCAAUUCUUACUGUAGCGCGUUAGCUAAUGCUGCUAGGAGGUAUAUGUAUCUUCUUAUCUAGAAUAGUCUGACACUCACUUGAGAUGAAAUAAGCCAUAGCCACAUGUAUCCAGAGACUUUCCAUGUUUUUACACACAUUCCUACUCAUGGUAUUGCAUCACUCAUUAAUAUAGUUAAAGGACAAGAGCAUUGUAGUAUUGAUGACACUGCACAAUAUUGCCUCCGCCCCCCCAACCCUCUAGAGGGAAUUCACUUCAAAGCAAAAAUCUCUUUCUUGCUACCAGCAAACAAGAACAUUUUGACUUAUUUAUUGUUGCUUUACACGCAGAAGGUCCAAAGAUGAGCUCCAGUGAGUGUGUUGGCAGCUUAAGGUUUUAUCACACUUGAUGACAUCUCUGUUUCAACAACCUAAGGGACAAUUACACAGUGCUUACAGUCCUAAUUGUGUAACUAGAGCAUGCAUCUUGUGUCUUGCUUUAUCUCACUCCUGCCUGGGCUGUUGCAUAAUUCUACAUUAUGCCCUGUGGGAUACUGUAAUGCAUUUUUAUUGACAGGUUGUGACAGCAAAAAGUUGCAUUUUGCUGUAUUUUUGCAGAGCAGGGUCUCCAAUUUGGAAUAUGUAGCCAUCUAACCAAAGCAUAGUGUAUUGUAUAUGCAAGGAUUCAUAUUUAAACCAGUUUAAGACACAAUGUUAGAGGGCAAUUGUUGUGUUAAAACACAUUAUAAAAUCAAUUCUCCUUAACAUCCCCCACAUUACAAUCUGUGCUAUAUCUACUGUAGCUUUAUGCAGUAAAUGCAAUUACCUGCAAUUCAUUGAUAUUUAAUUAGGUAAGGAAAUGCCCAUUAGGUCUGCAGUGCAAGUGCUUACUGGUAAUAUGUAGGUAUCAAAUUUAUCAAGUGAAUGUAAUCAUACUGUAUAACUCAGUGCUGAAUACUCAAAUACGUUUAUAUCCAGAUAAACUUACUAUAUAGUUAAGAAUUAAAGCUCAUUAUCGACCUUGAGUAGCAGUCAACAGCAGUCAAAAAAUAAAAAAAAUAAAGAAUGUCACCACAAGGUCCAUUUAGUAGAUGAUCUGGAG